AUGGUCGCAACAGUAACAAACAAGACAUCCAAUGAUGUCGACCAGACCCCUCGCACAUCCUGCGAGAUCAUCCCCACCUAUGCUGCCUACACCCCUCGCGCUCCCUCAUCCCCAACCUCAAGCCCCGAAAAGUACACAAAGUCAACUGCUCCCUCCAUCAUUGGCAUCAGUCAGUCCCCUACCCUCGUCGACAUCGCAGACAGAGCCCCCGAUGGCGGUCUCCGCGCCUGGCUGGUCGUCUUGGGCAGUUUCUUGAUCCACUCCUUCUGCUUUGCCCCCACAGAGUACAUCUUCGGUGUCUUUGAGAACAACUACCUCGAUAUCUUUCCUAGCUCAACCCAUGGAUCUAUUGCUUUGAUCGGCACCCUUGGUUCAUCCUCGACCUACUUUGCUGGCUUCAUCAGCGGUGCGUCUGCUGACAGGUUCGGCUAUCGCACCACCGCCCUCCUCGGAACUGGGAUCAUGGCCUUGGCAUUGUUGCUGGCUUCCUUUGCCAAUCAUGUCUGGCAGCUCUACUUGACCCAGGGUGUCCUCUUUGGUAUCGGUGCCUCUUUGGUUUACUAUCCUGCAAUCGGUGCCCCGUCGCAUUGGUUUGAUGCCAAGCGUGGUCUUGCCUUGGGUUUGGCUGUUAGCGGAACUGGUCUCGGUGGACUGGCACUCGCCCCUGCUACUCAGGCACUGGUGGAUUCCGUCGGUGUCAAGUGGGCCCUCCGCGUCCUUGCCAUUGUCAGCAUUGUUGUCUGCGGUACCGCCAGUUUCUUGAUUGUCGAGCGCGAGAGUGGCAAGAAGGUGCCUGAGCCCAGCCGCGAGAUCACCGACCUCGAACUCAACCAGAUGAGCGAGAAGCUUUCGCAGAAGGCCAAGCCUACUGGCAUUGCCGGUUUCUUUGCCGAUCUCAAGGUCUUCAAGGACCCCCAGUUCCUCUCGCUCACCUUUGCUGAGCUUUCUGCCUCGAUUGGUUUCCUCAUCCCCAUGUAUUAUUUCCAGACGUACAGCUUGUUCAUCGGUCUCACUGCGCAAGAUGGUGCCUUGAUCGCUGGACUGUCGAGCGGUGCCUCUUGCCUUGGAAGAAUCACUCUUGGUUUCGCUGCCGACCGUUUGCCCAAGACCGUCGUCGUCAGUUUAUGUGCUUGGAUGACCGCUGGCUCGAUCUUGGUCAUCUGGACGCUCUCGAAAUCUUUCAGUGUCUACCUCGUCUUUGCUCUCGUCUACGGUUUUUUCGCCGGCGGUUACGUCUCGUUGGUGCCCUUGGUCAUCUCGGAGACCUUUGGUGCACAUCAGCUGUCGACCGUGAUCGGUUUCAUGUACGCCGCCAGCGGUGUCGGCAUGUUGGCUGGCGCCCCCGUUGCCGGAAUGAUCCUCGGUGCAACUGAGCCCAACAUCUCGUAUCUGCCCGUCAUCAUGACCGCUGGAGGAACCUUGCUCCUUGGAGCGGUCUGCAUCUCGGCCUGGGUCUACUUCAGACGAUUGGACAAGAAGACCAAGAGGGAUGAGAGGACUGCUGCUUCUACGGCUGCUUCUGCUGCCUCCAACGUUGCCAAGCAUUAA